GCUUACUAAACAAAAUGGCUUAGCGAUUUGCUGCGUGGUGUCGACGUUCCCAUGUGUCUCUCGCCCUCUUUCUGGUCGUCUCCGUCCGCGUGGCAGCGCAGCGCAGCGCCAUAGCGGAGCAUAGCGCCGUGCUCUCAGUUGCACUCUGAUGGCGGUGGCCAGCAGGCUGGGUGAGAGCGCAGAGGAGCCGAGAGUGGCUGGCUGGGAGAUCUAGAACAACAGAAGACCAAAAAGAAAAAAGGACCAGCAGGAUCUGUGGAGUGCUGGAUUCUCUCUCUCUCUCUCUCUCUCUCUCUCUCUCUCUCCCUCUCUCCCUCUCGCUGUCCCUCAGACACACACAGACACACACUGAUUUUUCCCAUCACCUCUCCCUUUCCUCUCUGUGUGUCUCCUUCACUCUCCGAUGCAGUUGUAAACAGCAGGACAUUCUUGGCCGAGCUGCAUGGAGGCACAGGGAGGGGCAGGGAGCCCAGAGCCCAAUAAAGACAUCCAGAAGCUGCUGAAGCCCUCAAGCUCCGGGGAUUUAACCAAAGAUUUGUUCCACCCAGCUGGCGAGGAGGAGGGCGGCUUCUCAGGUCACACUGCCGGCCUGCUGCACGUCACUGAGCGGAGACAGCCCCUGAGCAGUGUGUCUUCUUUGGAGGUACACUUUGACCUCCUGGAUCUGACCGAGUUGACCGACAUGUCUGACCAGGAACUGGCUGAAGUUUUUGCCGACUCUGAUGAGGAGAACCACAAUGAGUCUUCUGCAGAUCCCCACCAGCCAAUGCUGCCUCGAGGCGGAUACAUGCGCUCCCCAUCGUGGACGCGGUGCAGCAAGGCGGAGGCGCCAAGAGAGAGAAAGCACCACAGUGACUCCGACACCACAGAGCCCUUAAUGAAGCUGGAGAGGCCCAAGCAGCCGUGAGGGGCGGAUGCGAGACGCCGGCGAGACACGCGGGGAGGAGCCCGGAGCGGACACGGCCAGAGCGGGUAGCCAGAAGAAGAAGCCCUCUUCCUCCACCGGGCAAUCACUCAUCUCGGUGUUGAAUCGUCCAUUUCAGAUCGGACACGGGACGUUGGGCUCUGCAUUAUAACUACAGGAUAUUGAGAUGUCUGUGCAAUACACAUGCUCUUCCUCUCUCAUACACACACACACACAGACACACAAACAUGCAAGUGUAACCAUUCUCUUUUUCAUGCCGGGGGUUUUUAACGGUACUCUGGGCUGCUAGAAUUUUGACAUUUUGGGUUUUUUUUUUUUUUGGAAGUAAAACAGGGUACGUUUGCCAACACAAAAAUGGCACCUCCAUCCUCACAGCCGCAUAGAGGUGGAGGAUACAACCUGGAGGGGGAGCGUGGCCCCGAUCUUAUGCCCACAGCAUGUGGACGGGCCUCCUAUGUAAAACGCCAGGCAGCUGAAUUCACCCCGAAUUCACGAGACGUGUCGAAACGUCACGCAGUAGAGGGCCGCUCAGGAUGAAGAGACCAGUACAUCCUGAGACCAGUACAUCCCGAGACCAGUACACACCUGUAACGGCUCAAGACCUGGCCCAUGACUGACUCCGUAAGGGCGGUUUAACCAGACGGGGACUGGGCUGUUUCAGCGAGACCACCCUCUAGUUUUAUGUCUCCUCCGCAACAUCUCCAUCCUUUUAAGGCCUUUUCACACCGAGUCCGAAUUUUUCACCCGAACAUUUCGCACAAUAUAGAAUGAAUACGAUCUCACGUUUUGUCGGUUAAAGUUUACACCCCCCCCCAACUCCGAAAACGGCGUUCCUCGCAAAUAUUUUCACAACAUCUUCCAGUUCCGCGCAGUUUUUUCGCAUCUUUCAUAAAGCUGUGGGAGGUUUUUGAAAGCUGUUGGGCCAUGAAAGAUGGAUAAAACACACACACACACACACACACACACACACACAAUCACCAUUGAUGUGCAAAGGCCUUUAAAGAAAAUGUGUGAUUAUUACAAUCAACCUGAAAAAAAAAAGUUGCACUUCUUUCACUGAGUUUCAUUGACGAUGCCGUCCAGAAUUAUUGGAACGUGUGGUGAAGUUUACACAAAAACGCAUUACAAAGAUACGAAGUGAGAUUUACUCACCAUGCUUGGCCAUAAUUCGGUCAUAUUCUGCGAUUGCUUUAACAAAUAGUUCAUUUCCCAUAUGAGACUGUUCAGGAUUUUUAUUUUAGAAAUGAGGAUUUCCAUGAAUACUGUUGCCAAGCUGGAUUUUCGUGGUCAGCUUCCGUGAACAGAGAUUUGGGAUCUGGACAGGGCACACCUGAAUAACUUAAAGUGGAAUCUGACCACAUGGGGUCACAAAUUGAACAUAAUUGCAAAAAAAUAGUGUUGUCCAGAGAGGACAUAUCGCAAAUAAUUAUUUUCUGUAUUACGUCAAGACAACAAGAAAAUGACUCCUCCUCGCGACAAAACUGUCUUCUCGUCAUUAAAAAGGACGUUACGACUUGCAUGACGCUGCAAGGAGCACUUGGUACAAAAGUCAACUAAAUCCAAUUUAGUACCUAGAUAUUAUUACAUAUCAUACUAGCUAGCACUAAAACAAAGGGUUAUUAAUGAUAUUGGCUUAAUUAUUGUAUCACAUUCUUAUUUUGGGCCUAACGGGGAGCAUUUCUAGUGAUUUCUGUCAUUAUCGGGAUGUGAAAGAGAAAAUAGUUGUUUGUGAUGAGUGAGGACUAAUGCGCGGGACUGCCAUGAAAUUACAAGCAAGUGCCAACAUCUUUUCCAUCACCUUUUUUUAUAGAAUUAAAGAUGAACUGAAAACGGAUAAAAGGAUAACGCCGUGUCCUGAGAUUAUAGUUACCCGCAUUUUUCAUCUCGCUGUCAACACGUCUUUACCGAGAGUCCCAAUAAUUCUGGAAGCGGUCACACUUUGGAUUUAAAUCGAGUGACACUGGGGUGGUAGAAAAUAACUAAUGAUGAAUAAAAAUCAGAAUUAAAGCAUUUUUUUU